AAGUAAGUAUAACGAUUAUUACGUGAACUGUGUGAAGACACGCAAUAUCGCAUUGUUUGUGGAGAAGUUGUGUCGUCAGUCUGUCUGUGCUAUUUUUUUAAAGAUGAAAGUGAAUACCGACUUAGCUAAAGAAAGAGCUAAGUGUGAUUUUAAUGUUGAAGAGUUAACUCAUUAUUUGGACGAAGGAGCAGAUCAGACCAGGAGGAGGAAAGAAGUAGAAAACAGAGUGUUAAGUGUAAAGGGUAUACUGGACGAAGUGCCAGAGGAGUACCUCAGCCAUAAGGAUAAAUAUGAGAAUGCAAUACGUAAGGCAGUCCUCUUAUUCAAAGUACUCAAGGAUGUCCAGAACCCUGGUCAGACGGAGAUGGAGAAAGUUAGGUCUUCAUUUAGGCACACGGUGCAAACAGCUGUCUUCAAAGACCAUAGUCCCUUCUCCCUUCACACUGCAAUGUUUAUACCAGGCAUUGUAGGCCAGUGUGAUGACAAGCAAAGGGAGUAUUGGCUGAAAAGGGCGCAGAAUAUGGAGAUUAUUGGCACGUAUGCUCAGACUGAACUAAGCCAUGGCACGUUUAUUAGAGGUCUGGAGACCACGGCUACUUACGAUCCAGCAACUGAAGAGUUUGUGCUGCAUAGCCCAAAGAUAAGUUCCUACAAAUGGUGGCCAGGAAAUUUAGGACACACAUCAAACUACUGCAUUGUAAUGGCCCAGCUGUAUUCUAAGGGCAAACAUUGUGGAAUCCAACCGUUCAUGGUACAGCUGCGAGAUGAAAACACCCACGAACCACUUCCUGGAAUAAAGUUGGGGGAAAUCGGAGUCAAAUUGGGGUACAACACUGUCAACAACGGGUUUUUGGGCUUCGAACAACACAGGAUACCAAGAGAUAGGAUGCUUAUGAAGAAUGCUCAAGUUUUGAAGGAUGGCACUUUCAAAGCCUUUCCUAACAACAAGCUGACGUAUGGAACCAUGGUCUUCGUGAGGGUCCUCAUAUUGAACGUGAUGGCGAACCAGUUAGCUAAGGCAGUCACCAUCGCUAUCCGGUACUCUGCUGUCAGGAGACAGUCACAACUUAAGCCUGAUGAACCUGAACCCCAGAUCUUGGAUUACGUGACCCAGCAACACAAACUCUUCAUUGCACUAGCUUCGAGCCACGCGUUCGGGACCGUUGCAAGAUGGUUCUGGAGCAUGUUCGAUAAUGUCAACAAAGAACUGGCUGCGGGAAAGUUAGAUAAUUUGGCUGAGUUGCAUGCCCUAGCUUGCUGUUUAAAAGUGAUAAGUAGCGCGGAUGGUGCAGCAAUGGUGGAGAGAUGUCGCCUCGCCUGCGGCGGGCACGGCUACAUGCUGGCGUCCAAUCUGCCGCAGAUAUACGGGGUGGUCACGCCUGCCAGCACCUACGAGGGGGAGAAUACUGUGCUUCUGUUACAGACUGCCAGAGCUCUUGUAAAGGCAUGGAAUCAAGCAGCCAAGGGUGGAACGGUUGCUCCUACCAUGAAAUACUUGAUAGAGAAUAAACCACAGAAACCAUGGAGGAAUGACAUUGAUGGAAUUAUAGAGGGCUUCCGAAAUGUGGCUGCACGGAAAUUAGCGACGAGCGUGGCCAGCAUAGAGAGCUAUGUGAAAGCUGGCAAUUCCCAAGAGAAUGCGUGGAAUAAGGCGUCCGUGCAAUUGAUUGCAGUUUCAGAGGCCCACGGCCGGGUGAUAAUGAUGUCAGCAUUUAAAACAGAAAUGGAGAGGAACACGUCCUCCCUCUCAGCUCCAGUGCGGAGGGUCCUAGCCCAGUUGGUGGAGCUGUACAUCCUAUAUUGGGCUUUGGAGAAACUCGGCGACUUGCUACUGUACACGAGAAUAAACGAGAGUGAUGUGCUCGAACUCCAGAGACGAUACGAAGAACUCUUGGAGAAGCUACGUCCUAACGCGGUCGGCUUGGUGGACGCCUUCGAUUUUAGAGACGAGAUUUUAAAUUCAGCAUUGGGAGCGUACGACGGUCGUGUGUACGAGCGACUGAUGGCCGAGGCUCUGAAGAGCCCGCUCAACGCUAAACCUGUCGACGACAGCUUCCACAAGUACCUCAAGCCCUUCAUGCAGGGAAAAUUGUAAUAUUUAUGUCCAAAGGGUUAUGUAUGAUAUUGAUGUUGAUACAGGAAUAAUGAUUUAAAAAUAUUGUAAAGUUAAAUUUCUUUAUUUUCAAUAAAUAAAUUACGAUACUAA